AUAUCGAUACUGCUGGUUUUGAUCACAGAACUGUGGUUUUGGUCAUAGCUAGUAUCUUAUCACAGUAGAUUAACGUGCUUUCACUGUCUAUGUCUGUGAGAGCACACUUGGGCCGUUUGUGCAAACUGUCUUUGGCAGUCUCCAGAUCGUGGCUAGCUCUGGCUAGCUAGCUACAAAGUAACGCAGACAAAAUUCAAUAUCACCAGUGCAUAAAAUGGCCGUGUUGUCCGCUUUAGAAUUAGCAAAUGUCAGUAGGCAGUAUUUUGCAAAUCAAAUAUUUUAGUUCGUUGCGAACGGUGGGUACAGUGCACAAACUUACUGCAUACUGUCUGAUAUUUAAGUGCGUUAACUACAUUAUUUCUAGCAGAAAUCCACCCUGACCGACGUGCAAUAAAAUAAGCAGAUGUGUGGUGUGAAGUGUUAUCAAUAUCUGGUUGAGUAAUGCAGUUGUCGACACUUCUUUAUGAUCUCCCGGGUAACAUUUGUCACAUUUAAACAGUUAAGCACAAAAUGCACUUUUUGAAUCCUUGUAGUUUAGUCUCAUUUUAACUGUAGUAAGAAGGAAAAAUAUUACUGAACUAAAUUUCUAGCUACAUUUUUACAUAAAAUAUGAACAGUUUCCCCACAUUGUUCCCUUGUCUGCAUUCUCCACUGAGUUUCAUUGCUGCCUGAAGCUUAUGGUGUGAAGAUCUCCAAGCUUGUUACAGAGGGUGACAGUCAGAAUAAAAUCAGGAUGGCGUCCUUUGGCUGGAAGCGGAAAGCCGGUGAGAAGGUCUCCAAGGCAACGGUCCAGCUGUUUGAGGCAGAGGCAGAGGCAGUGGCGGAGGGGGCGGGCCGUGGGGAGGGCGAGGACGAGGUGGACUGGCUCCAUGCCAUCAAGCGGCGAAGGGAGGUGCUGCUGGACGACUGUGCGACUAAAAGCAAGAGACUGAAGGAUGAAGGGGCCCUGCUAGCUGAGCAAGGCAGGCAAUGGGAAGCAAUAAAGAGAUGGGAUGAAGCCAUACAGUUGACUCCAGAAGAUGCUGUUCUGUAUGAGAUGAAGGCACAGGUUCUGACUAGUCUGCAGGAGGUAUUCCAGGCGGUUCAAGCGGCUGAGAUGGCGGUGAAGCUCCGCCCACUCUGGUGGGAGGCCUGGCAGACCCUUGGGAGGGCUCAGCUCGGCCUGGGGGAGGUGGAUCUGGCUGUGAGGAGCUUCCAGGUGGCAAUUCACUUGUGUCCGACAGAGCGCCCCCUAUGGGAAGAAGACCUGUGCUGGGCACAGAAGCUGCAGCGUCAGAGCAGAGCAGCGCGGGAGAAGGAAGAGGAGGAAGAGGAGGUGAAGCAGCAGCUGCUCCAUGCCCCUGAGCUCAUUCCGGACUAUGACUUUGAGAGCAGCGAGGUGGUGGCUGCCUGCGUGACCAUCGCAGAGAGACAGAAGCGCUACGACAGCCUCAGAAAGAGCACCGUGCUCGUGGAUUCUAGCGGCGCCCUGGUAACCGUGAGCAACGAGGACGAUGAGAUGGUGCCCCAGGACCAGUUUGUCAAAGCGCGGUGCCUGUGACGCGAUUGGCUGACAUAAGUGGGAUUUAAUGGUCUUAGCUGUAGAUAUUUUUUGUUCGGUGAGGUUUUCCAGUGCUUCUUGUGGGAUGCUGUAUCCUGGCCUUUCUCAAGAGAAAAUGUUCGUGUUCUCAUAUCCGGCCAUGGCUUUUGGGUUCCUCUUGUGAUGUAUUCUGUGUUCUUUCAUUUGAAUAUGCAUGUUUUAUUGUCAAAGAAUACACGUCUGUUCCACUAUCAGAAAACAAUGUGCAUUUAAAACUUCGAUAUUUAUUACACAGAGAUAUUUUUUUCAGUGCUCCAAGCAUGAGACCUAGCUCUGUGUCUUGUUUGAACAGUCUUGGUAAACGGGAUGAAGAACUCAAAACAUCUUGGGUGUGAAUGAUUCAGUUUAAACAAUCCAUUUGUGCUAAAGGAUGAAGUGUUAUGUUAGACAUGCCACUUCAAGGUUAAUGUUCAGGGUAUUAUGAAUAUCAUGGAUUUUUUUCAGAUAAACAGUGUCAACAUUAUUUCAAAAUCAAUUUUUAUAUGUUUAAAAACUAAAAGCACAUGUUAUUGAAACCCAAAUGGUAAAUGUAUUACUGUCCUGGAACUGUGAGAUGACCUCCCUUUGAAUUCAGAGGACGUUUACCUUAUUGCGUUUAUUAAGACAUAAACUAUAAAAAGGAAACAUAAAACUUUAUCAUUGUACCUGGCAUUGAAAACACAUUUAACGACUGAAUGGGAUUCCGGGUACUUCAGUUUAUUAGUAUAUCUGGCAUUUAUGGUGGUGCUUUGUCCAUUUCCGUGCCUGACUGUUUAAAUUCUCACGUAAUUUCUUCCACUCGGCAGUAUAAUUGCAGAAUGGGAGUAUCGCAUGAAAGACUCGGGCCUUGGUACAUUACCAGGAUGUUGAACCCACACCCUCCAAUUGAUGGAGAAAGUUUUUAACUUGAAAAUUAUUAAAGUGACUCAUUUAAAUUCUAAUGCAACAAAUUAAGUAGCAGUUGGAAGUGUUCCACAUGAGAGAUGACGAAAGACCAUACCCACAGGCGAUUCAUGGGGGAGUUCAUGGGAAUCAAAAGGGACAAUUUGGUGCUUUUAGCUCUCAAAUAAGAUUGGACCGUGAGAUCUCAAAACAGUUUUUGUAAGACUUAAAAGUGAAAGGGAUUUCAUUAGUUCUGCGCCUGGAGCAUAGGAAAAUGAUCCUAGCUUUAACCACCGUGGCCAUCAACAGCUUCUAAUUUGUUUUGAAUAUUGAGAAAAUGAGUCAGAUCCCCUUGUUGCUUCAGUAAGCAUCUGUGUAGUUACACAGUCAGGGUCCUCUCUGCAUAGGCUGCAUAAUUGUAAUAAAUUAAUAUAAAAUAAUACAAGAUGAACUGAUGCCUAAUUAUUCUAACUAUGUUUCUGGUAAAGGGAUCUAACCCCUGGAGAGAUUAUUUGUGGCUCACUGUGUAUUACAAUAUUAAAAAUGUAAUUCUGA